ACUUGUUUUUCUGUGUUGUGCUGUCCACGCCUUUGUUUACAUUUUUACACAAUAAAUAUUUAAAACCUUUGAGAAUUCUGACCCAAAAUGGGUCAGGGCAAGAGCCAAUUUACAGAAGAGGAACUUCAAGAUUACGAGGAUCUCACAUACUUCACUAAGAAAGAGGUUCUAUAUGCACACCAAAAAUUCAAAGCUCUAGCACCAGAAAAAGUAGGUCACAAUAAGAACUCAAAGCUACCGAUGGCGAAAAUACUCCAGUACCCAGAAUUGAGAGUAAAUCCAUUCAGAGAUCGCAUAUGCAAAGUGUUCAGCUCAAGUAAUGAUGGGGAUUGCACUUUUGAAGACUUCCUGGACAUGAUGUCCGUGUUUAGUGAAAUGGCACCAAAGGCCGUAAAAGCUGAACAUGCUUUUAGGAUAUUUGAUUUCGAUGGCGACGACAUGAUAGGUGUGUCCGACUUGCGCGAAGUGAUAGAGCGUCUAUGUGGUCCAGAACAUAAGCUGAAUGAGUCCGAGAUCCAGCAGUUGGUUCAGAAUGUGCUGGAAGAGGCCGACUUGGAUGACGAUGGAGCAUUGUCUUUCGCUGAGUUUGAACAUAUUAUUGAUAAGAGUUCAGAUUUUUGUCAUGCAUUUAGGAUAAGGUUGUGAAGUUGAAUAUCUGGAAUUUCGGGUCAGAAAAAACAUUCAAAGGUUACAAAGAUUCUUCCUUUUUGUAUGUUACCAUAGUUUUAUACAUACACAAAUAAUUUAUAUUUAACAAUGAAGUUUGCUUAAGGCUAUAGUUUUGUAAAUACUCUGAACUAAUAAUCUCAAUUUUGAAUAUUCCAUUUAUAAUGUUUAUGUACUCAUUUUAUUUUACUUUAGCUAAUUCUAACUAUGUAGUGUCACAAUUGUAGCAUGAUACCUAUUAUUAUUGAUAAAAUAUUAUUACUAAUGUAUUUUAACUAUUUCCAGCUAAUAAUUGUGUAUAAUAA